AUGUCCCCGCGUGCACUGGCCUUAUGCCUCACGCCCUCGCUCUUCAGCUCCACGGAAAACGCUGAAACCAACAGCCGGGUGCUGGAACUCCUAAUUGAGCACUGGUCCUGGCUGUCACGUGGUCUGCACCGGACUGGCAGCCAACUAGCGUUCGCAGAGGGCCUGGGACACACCUUCUCCGAGGCCUGUCUAUACGCCUGCCGUACUUCCAUACUAGAGGGAAUGGUGCUUGUAAUGGAGAUUCACUUGAUAUCUACGUCAGGAUUUCGUGCGAUCGCUCUACUCUCCAUCUCGGCCGUGAACGCCCCGCCACCUACAUGA